AAGCAAGCCAAGGUAAUUAAUUUACUAUAUCGCCCCUUCCCAUCGCGCCGGGCUUUCAUCAUCCCAUUCUCUCUCUAUAUUUCUCUCUCACCGACCGCCUCAAUCCCCCAUUCUACUUCGUUUCCUGCAACUACCAUCGUCUGGACUCCAAUUCCAAUUGCAUAAUCUUUUUUAAACCAUUGCGCCCAGUUGAUUCAAUACCAUGAUACCAAAGCUAGUGGGCGGCUCGCUAACCGGCCUCACCCGCCGGUAAGGAGCCGCCGUCUUAGCUCAUCUUUUCCUCUCUCUCUAGGGUUCUUCUUUCUUACUCAAUUGCUCCACUUCGGCAUCAAUCAAAAGACCACAAUUUUACUGUCCUACCGUUAUCGACGAUAUGGCUCCAUGGCGUAGAAAGGGGGCCAAAGGAGCAAAUGCGACUAGCGAGUUAAGCUUGGGUGAUCUUGUCCUUGCUAAGGUUAAGGGCUACCCCUUUUGGCCUGCAAAGAUUAGCAGACCUGAGGACUGGAAACGAGUACCUGAUCCUAAGAAGUACUUUGUUCAUUUCUUUGGAACAAAUGAAAUAGCUUUUGUUGGUCCAACAGAGAUACAGGCAUUUACUAGUGAGACAAAGGAGAAAGUCUCUGCGAAAUGUGAAGGUAAAGCAGUUAAAGAAUACUUUGCCUUAGCCGUGGAGGAAAUUUGCAAGGCAUUUGAAGAGCUACAGAAAAAAAAAAGUAGUGGCCCUACAAUUGAAGUGGAUAGAUCAGCUUCUGAAUCCUCUAGUGUUCCACAAAAUGAUGGACUGGAAACUGAAGUAGCAGAGAACAUGUCAAAAAUUGAAACUGGUAAAGAUGGAGAAUAUGAGGCUGGACUCCAAGUUAAUGAUUAUAGUGCAAAAAGUCAAGGUGAUACUGGUAAUGAACUUGUGACACCUAAGGCUUGCAAUGAUGAUGUUUCAUGUGUUAAUCAUGAAGAAAAACCUUACAACAAGUCUUUAACUAAUGGUCACAAGUCCGAAAAAAGUGUAGCACGGCCAAACAUGAAAGUGGAACACGUUGCUAAACCAAAGAAACAUAUGAGCUCCUCGAAGGGAACAUCACGAAAGCUUGAGACUAACAACCAUGUCAUAGAACAUGAUAAUGAUAAGAAACCAAAAGCAUUGCCUAAACCUAAUGACGCGGAAGAAUGUUCCAAAAGGCAGACCAAGGACCAAGAACCUGAGUCUGAAAAGGAUGUUGAUCAUGAACUUCGCAAACGUAAGAUGGUAUCAAAUGAAAAGUCAUACCCUACUAAACGAUUGAAAGCGAGAGAGACUGUGGAAACUAAUAUCAAAGUGUCUCCUCAAGCAAUAAAAAAGAGUAAUGCUGGAAGUCUCAAAGUUGUUGAAAAGAAGGCAAAUGAAUCAGAACUUAUUUCAUCUCGAGGAAUAAAAAAGAGUAGUACUGGAAAUCAGAAAGGUCUUGAAAGGAAGGUAAAUGAAUUAGAACCGAUGUCUCCUCAAGGAAUAAAAAAGAGUAGUACUGGAAAUCAUAAAGUUCUUGAAAAGAAGGAAAAUGAAUCAGAAUCGAAACGAUCUGCAUCGCACAUCAAGACUGUAAGUAAACCAUCUGGGAUGCAAGCCAAUCACAUUUCUUCCAAACUUGCAAGAACAGAAGAUUCUGUACCAUCAGGGAAGCACCAUCAACGAAUGUUGGAGGCAUUGUCAAACUCUCCUGCUGCUAAAGAAGGGACACAAACCAAAAGUACUUCCCUUUCAUUGAAAGAUGAUGUAUCACAUUCCAAGAAAGUUAAAUCUCCUGUUAAUAAGGUACAAGCAAAACGAAGAGCUGUUCGUCUAGAUGAAGAUGAUGAAGAGGAGCCAAAAACUCCAGUUCAUGUUGCUAAAAAAAACCAGUCUUCUCAUCUAUUUUCCAGAGACACUGUUGAAGUACGAAAUAAGAUCCCUGUGUGUGAUCAACCUGGUCGUAAAGUUUCAACUGGGAUUGACAAUGCUCUUUUGAAAGACUCUGCAAAGUUGCACUGUGAAAGUUCAGUAACCAAUCCUGAGCAGUCUGGAGUACAAAGGCAUGAAGGUCCUUUCCAGAGUCAUGAAAAGCCGGAAUCUGACAUGCCAAUCUCUAAACAACCAAAUCUAUUAUUUGCAUCCCCUGAUAAGUCUUUCACUGACCAGUCUGCGAAGAAGAGCCUUAUUAGGACUCCUAAGAUGAUCCCUGUGUGCGAUCAACCUGGUCAUAAUGUUUCGACUGGGAAUGACCGUGUUCUUUUGAAAGAAUCAACAACCAAUCCUGAGCAGUCUGGAGUACAAGUUAAAGAAGAUCCUUCACAGAGUCAUCAAAAGCCGAAGUCUGACAGGCCAUUCCCUAAACAACCAAAUAUAGUAUUUGCAUCCCCUGAGAAGAGUCUUUACAGGACACCUGCUUCACAUGUUUCCUGCAGUCCUGGAAAAGUAGAGUCAAAGACUAUGGUUUCAGAUGUAAGCAUGCCUGGAUCAGAUUCCCCUAAGGUAUCUUCUCAGUCUGGUGUUAUGGUUAAGACAGUUUUAGAGAUGGAGAAAUCCAGCAAACCUGCAGUUAAAGUACCUCAGUUAGGAGCUCGAAAAAAAAUUGAAACUGUAUUUCGUAAGCCAACGGGUGUGGUUUCUGAUGGCUUGAAUAGUUCUCCCAGCCAGGCUGGUAUACACAGAAGUAAGACCUCUUGUACUGGAGAAAGAUUGCAAAAUACUCCAAAGUCAGUUACUCAGGUCUCUGACUUGACUGUUCUUCCAGGAUCCAUGAUGGACGAUUUGCAUUUUUCUGGUGAAAGGUCAGAAGCUGGCAGAGAUGAUAAAAGUGGCUUUUCAGUUGAUGGUAAAGUAGCAGAUUCCACCUUCUCCAUGAAGGAUCUAAUUGCUGUUGCUCAGAAAAAAAGACGACAAUCUCACUCACAACACCUUGUCCAUGGGAAUACUUGUUCUAUCUCAACAACUUUAGCGGAUGUGCCUGCUAUAAAUCCUAGUCCAUCCAACAAGCCUCUGUCAGGUGCCAAAAACUUGGUACUUCCAGAUACACGUAUGUCAACAACUUCUCCUUAUCAUGAUGAGUUUCCACCAAAUGAUGAACCUGAGAUAUCUCAACAUGAAAAAAGGAGAGUCAUUUCUGAAAGUAAGCUUGCCGGGGAUUCACUUAGUGGUGGUACCGAGGCAACUGUUUCACGUGAUGCUUUUGAAGGAAUGAUAGAAACAUUGUCAAGGACUAAAGAAAGCAUUGGUCGUGCAACCCGUCUUGCAAUAGACUGCGCGAAAUAUGGUGUUGCCAGUGAGAUAAUUGAACUUCUCAUCCGGAAGCUGGAGAGUGAAAUCAGAUAUCACCGCAAGGUGGACCUCUUAUUUUUGGUGGAUUCAAUUACUCAGUGCUCUCACAAUCAUAAAGGGAUUGCUGGAGCAUCAUACAUUCCUGCAGUUCAAGCAUCAUUACGUCAUCUUGUAAGAGCUGCUGCCCCUCCUGGAGCUGCUGGUCGUGAAAAUCGUCGUCAAUGUCUAAAGGUUUUGCGGUUAUGGCUUGAAAGAAGAAUCUUACCCGAGCCACUUAUUAGGCAAUACAUUGAUGAGAUUGUACUUUCAAAUGAUAAUACUCCUGCUGGUUCAUUCCCUGGCCGUCCAUCUCGAGCUGAACGAGCUGUUGAUGACCCAAUCAGAGAAAUGGAAGGGAUGCUUGUUGAUGAAUAUGGAAGCAAUGCCACGUUUCAGUUGCCUGGUUUCUUUCCUUCGCGUGUAUUUGAAGAAGACGAAGAUGAUGAAAUUCCUACUACUAGUUUAGCCAAGGAAACUGGCAAUGCAGAACCAAUGAAGAAUACCUUUGAUGCAACAGAGUCUGAAACUUAUACAUUUACUCCAAAUGAUAGACGCCAAUAUAUAUUGGAAGACGUGGAAAUGGAAGAUGUCUCUGGGCACCCAAGGAAUGAUAAUAGCACCUCUUCUUCUGUUGAUGAUUCAUUUAUUACUCCUUCCUUAAAAGAAGGUUCGGAUAGGAUCUUGGAAGAAGGAACAGUCAACUUGAGCCUUUCCCCUCAAAGCUCGCCACCACUACCUUUAGAUUCUCCUCCCCUUACACCUCCUUUGCCUCUCUCCCCUCCACCAGAAUCCCCUCCUCCAUUACCUUCAUACCCAUCAUCUCCCCAACCUCCAUCUCAACCGCCACCACCACCGCCACCACCUCCACCACCAGUGCAACAUGUGAUUCUUCCGCCUCAUUCAGGUCUUACCUCAUCAUUUUUGGAUCAGGCAUCAUUGCCACCAGAGGUUUCUUCUCUACCACUUCAAUACCAUCAAAUGAAGGCUUCCAAUCCAUCUCCUCCAACUUUGAGUUAUCAACAACUUCUAUUGCUAACCAAUGCUAAUCAACUUGUCCACAUGUCAGCAAAUAAUACCUCUCAUGGUGGUCAGAUUGAUUCUGUUGGUAGAAGUGAUAUAUUCUCACAACAAUCACAUGAAGCUGCUGCUGGUGUAGUAGAUUAUGGUUUAUAUAGCCAUUCUCAGGCUUCACAACAAUAUCAACCUAUUGAUAUCCCCCCCUUCAUGCAAAGACACCCUCCUCCUCCUCCUCCUCCCAUACAUCAGAAUCUAAGUGCUCAUUUCUCAUAUACAACGUCUACAAUUCACCAACAUCCUUUUCCUCGACCAUAUUCACUAUUGAAUCUUCCCGAUGGUCCAAGGCAAUAUGUUAUUCCUGCAAAAAAGAGGAGAAGACAAACAAAUGAGUUUAACUUGGAUAGUCAACGAGGUUUAUGGAUGAAUGGAGGCAGCAGACCUUCAUCAUACCAGGAAGGCUAUUUCGGUUCCUCAAAUAAUGCUGGUUUUCAACAUACUGGCUCGAGCACACUACCAGUAGCAGCUCCGGUUCAAGGUCCAGGAGUUCCUCAGAUGUUAGGAACGAGUAGACCAGAUAUGUCUUCUCUUAACUGUUGGAGGCCUGCUUAAAGCAAAGUGGAGAUGCUUUUAUCUUUUGUGCCAUGUUGUGACAAAGAAGAAGAUGAUUUCUUACUGCCCCAAAAGGAAGAUGGAUCCCCCGAUUAAACAACUUUGACCUACACCUAAAUGAAGGUAUUUUAGAACAAUAUGAGAGACGUCGUUUUGAAAGGUAUCAUGUUCUUUCCUGACAAGUGCGUCUGGUGAAUUUUUCGCCUUUGCAAUUCCCAACUAAUCUUUUAGCAUAUUUUCUGUUUAAAAACUGUAACUAUAUACUUGUGAUUUAUAUAUAAUAUAUUAGGAAUAGGGAUUUGAUUGUACAUAUAAGAUCAUUUUCUCAAGAUGAUUGACCUAACCUUUACAUGAAUCUCCUUCAGCUAUUAGUGUUA